CCUCCGGCCCCUCCGGGCCCUCCGCCGAGCGGCGCGGCCCCCGCCCAGCCCCGCGGAGCCGCAGCAGCGCCGUCAAUCAGCGUCGCCCCCGCUCCGUCCUCCCCUCCCGCACGCCUCGGCGCGCUGCAUCGGGCUCGGUGACAGCAGCGAGCUGAGCGCGGCGGGAGGCUCCGCUCGCAGCCGGCACCGAGAAGCGGGCGCGGCGGCGGCGGGGCUGGGAGGGCUGCCGAAGCAUGCGGAGCCAUGGGCCAGGGCUGCGGACACUCCAUUCUCUGCCGGAGCCAGCCGUACCAGGCGGCCGCAUCUGACAUCCGCGGGUUCCUGCGGGCGGGGGACGCCGCUCCCGGCCCCGAGGCGCUACAGGAUGCUCUGCUGAGCCUGGGGGCUGCGCUUGAUGCCGCCGCCCUGCGCGAUGCCCUCCGCCAUGCCCUUGUCACCCUGCUGCCCGCCGUGGAGCACGUCUACAUCUACCUGCUGGAUGGGGACACACGGCUGCUCUGCGAUGACCCCCCCCACGAGCUGCCGCCCAACGGGAAGCUCAGAGAUGCUGUGCAGAAGCAGAAGCGGCUGGACUGUGGGGGGCUGCUCCCUGCUGAGCUCCCUGGCCGGCACCUGGGACCCCUGGCAGCACCCCUGGCCGCUGGCACGCAAGUGCUCAUCAUCCCGUUGGUGGACAAGAACAGUGGGGCUGUGGUUUGUGUCAUCCUGGUACACUGUGGCCAGCUGAGUGACUCUGACGAGCAGAACCUGCGUGCGCUAGAGAGACACGCCCUGGUGGCAGUCCGGCGCCUGCAAGCCCUGCAGAAGCUGCAGCCCUGGCCCCAGGUCAGCCUCUCCACCAGCUCCUCCCAGACCUCUCUGGCCAAGGCUGAGAAGGCACCUGACAGCAGCUACAGUGACCUGGACUGCAAGAUCCUGCAGCUCUGUGGUGAGCUGUAUGACCUGGAUGCCGCCUCGCUGCAGCUCAAGGUCAUCAACUAUCUGAAGCAGGAGACCCAGUCUCUGUGCUGCUGCCUCCUGCUCGUCUCUGAGGACAACCACCAGCUCUUCUGCCAGGUGGUGGGGGACCGUGUCCUGGAUGAGGAGAUCAGCUUUUCACUCACCUUUGGGCGCCUGGGGCAGGUGGUGGAGGACAAGAAGCCCAUCACGCUGAAGGACAUCAGUGAGGAGGAGCACAAGCAGCUGAGCAGCAUGCUGGGCUGUGAGGUCACCUCCAUGCUCUGUGUCCCUGUCAUUAGCCGGGCCACCUCCCAGGUGGUGGCACUGGCCUGCGCCUUCAACAAACUCAGUGGGGAGAGCUUCACAGACACGGACGAGCACAAGAUCCAGCACUGCUUCUGCUACACUUCCACGGUGCUCACGAGCACCCUGGCCUUCCAGAAGGAGCAGAAGCUCAAGUGUGAGUGCCAGGCCCUGCUGCAGGUGGCCAAGAACCUCUUCACCCACCUGGAUGAUGUCUCUGUCCUGCUGCAGGAGAUCAUUACGGAGGCCCGGAACCUCAGCAAUGCUGAGAUAUGCUCUGUGUUCCUGCUGGACCGGCUCAGUCACGAGCUGGUGGCCAAGGUGUUCGAUGGUGGAGUGGUGGAUGACGAGAGCUACGAGAUCCGCAUCCCAGCAGACCAGGGCAUCGCUGGGCACGUGGCCACCACUGGCAAGAUCCUGAACAUCAAGGAUGCCUACUCACACCCGCUCUUCUACCGCGGCGUGGAUGACAGCACCGGCUUCCGCACCCGCAACAUCCUCUGCUUCCCCAUCAAGAAUGAGAGCCAGGAGGUCAUUGGGGUGGCAGAGCUGGUCAACAAGAUCAAUGGCCCUUGGUUCAGCAAGUUCGACGAGGACCUGGCCACUGCCUUCUCCAUCUACUGCGGCAUCAGCAUCGCCCAUUCCCUGCUGUACAAGAAGGUGAAUGAGGCACAGUACCGAAGCCACCUGGCCAAUGAGAUGAUGAUGUACCACAUGAAGGUGUCUGAUGAUGAGUACACCAAACUGCUGAGCGAGGGCAUCCAGCCUGUGUCCACCAUUGACCCCAACUUUGCCAGCUUCACCUACACACCACGCUCACUGCCUGAGGAUGACACCUCCAUGGCCAUCCUGAGUAUGCUGCAAGACAUGAAUUUCAUCAACACCUACAAGAUGGACCGUCAGACGCUCACCAGGUUCUGCCUGAUGGUAAAGAAGGGGUACCGUGAUCCCCCCUACCACAACUGGAUGCACGCCUUCUCCGUCUCCCACUUCUGCUACCUGCUCUACAAGAACCUGGAGCUCGUUAACUACCUGGAAGACAUCGAGAUCUUUGCCCUCUUCAUCUCCUGCAUGUGCCACGAUCUGGACCACAGAGGAACAAAUAACUCCUUCCAGGUGGCCUCGAAAUCCGUUCUGGCUGCACUCUACAGUUCAGAGGGCUCUGUCAUGGAGAGGCAUCACUUUGCCCAAGCCAUUGCUAUCCUCAACAGCCAAGGCUGCAACAUCUUUGACCACUUCUCCAGAAAGGACUAUCAGCGCAUGCUGGACUUGAUGCGGGACAUCAUCCUGGCCACUGACCUGGCCCACCACCUCCGCAUCUUCAAGGAUCUCCAGAAAAUGGCAGAAGUGGGAUAUGACUCCAAGAACAAGCAGCACCGCAGCCUGCUUCUCUGCCUGCUCAUGACCUCCUGUGACCUGUCUGACCAGACCAAGGGCUGGAAGACCACCAGGAAGAUUGCAGAGCUGAUCUACAAGGAGUUCUUCUCCCAGGGUGACCUGGAGAAAGCCAUGGGGAACAGCCCGCUGGAGAUGAUGGACCGGGAGAAAGCCUACAUCCCCGAGCUGCAGAUCAGCUUCAUGGAGCACAUUGCCAUGCCCAUCUACAAAUUGCUGCAGGAUCUCUUCCCCAAGGCAGCGGAGCUCUACGAGCGGGUGGCCAGCAAUCGGGAGCAGUGGACCAAGGUCUCCCACAAAUUCACCAUCCGGGGGUUGCCCAGUAACAACUCCCUGGACUUUCUGGAUGAGGAAUAUGAUCCACAGGUCCCUGACCCCCAGCUCAAUGGCUGCCUGGAACCUGAGGUGGGGCAGCCCGCCGAGGCUGGGGCCGAGUGAAGAAGGCAACGGGGGGGCCACAGCCAUGGCUGGGCUGGGAGCAUCCCCAAGCCUCAUCCCCCAGCUCAAGGGGAGGAGGUUUGGGGGGAUAUCAGUGAAUCUGGACUACCACAGCAAGGGCUGUGUGCUGCCAGCAGCCGCCACUGGUCCUUCCCCACCACUGAGUGACUAUCUCCUCCCUCCAGGGUGGGUGUUCAGGUGUCCCGUCCACCUGGGAGUCCAUGGGACACUGCCUUGGUGGCUGGGAGCACCAAGGGACACAGUGGGGCUGGGGGAUGGAUGUGCUUUAAGCUGCCUUAAGACUGCAGGUCCUGUCCCCAUGGGGUGACAAUAAGAACGAUGUCCUUGGUGGAAGCACCCAUGGAGGGCUCGGUCACCAUGACAUGGGCGUGCAUGGGUCAGCAGGACAGAGGGGGAUGGUGCGGGGCAGGGUGGUGAGGGGCAGUGGGACAUCUCUGGGGUGGCUAUAGAGUGUAUGGGGGGUGUUAUGGAGAUCUAUGGGGACCAUAGAUCAGGUUCAUGGAAGAAGGUUGGCUCCAACUGGAGGAGGGAAGGGGCACCAGAGUGGGAUGGCCACGGCCAUGGGGAUGUGCCUGCAUCCCCUGCUGGGAUCCACACUGGAGAACCAGCUGCAGCCUCUCCCUAGCAGCUGCUGAGCAUCCUUUGGCUGAAAGCUCCAGCCCUCUAGGACCCCUGAACCCACUCACCCAUGGAAGGGCUCAUAUCUCACACAGCCCAGUCCCAUGCAACCACACAACCACAUCCCCUACAAGGGCUACACACCUGCCAAGGCUGGGGGUCCUGCUGCUGGUUUGCAUGCACAGGGGAGGGAGGCUGUGCUCCACAGGGAGUCCAUGUGGUCCCACACAUCACCUUCACCUUCUGGUCCCAUUCAUGUCCUUGCCAUAGGUAGAGGAACAUGGGUGUUCCUCUGAGGUGUCCGCCUGGAGCCUCCUCACUGCAAGCAGCUUCUCUGCUUGGUGACCAUGUUGUGAGCAUCCCUAGCUCACAGUGGCUUCACAACUCCUGCCAUACCAAUCUCUGUGCACGGAUCCUGCCAACAUUUGGGAUCCUUCUGGUCUUGCAGACCUCUGGACAUGACCCUCAAUGGUCUGCUGUGGUCCCUCUGGUCCUGCAGACCACCAUGGCAUCGACCCUGCUAUUUUCCUGUGGUCCCACCAGUCCUACGUGGCACCAUGCAUGGAUGCUGUUGGUCUACCAUGGUUGAUCUGGUCAUGCAUGGACCCUGGUGUUUUCCCAUGACUCCCUCCUUGUCCUGACUGCCAUGCAUGCACCCCACCAAUCUCCUGUGGUUUUUCUGGUCCUACAGACCACUGUGCAUGGACCCUGCUGCCCUCCUGUGGUCUCUCCAGUCCCACAACCCAACCCAUAUGGACCCUCCCAGUCCCAGGGGCUCCACCAGCCCCCAGGGUCUGACCAGCUGUAUGUGAGGGCUUCAUCACCCCAGCCAAGGCCACCUGAAACACCCAUGAGCAGGGGAAGUGCUGGGGCUGAGUGCGUGGGCUCAGCAUGGGGGAUUAGGGUGCACUGAGCCCUCAGGCUGCAUCAUCCAGCUUGUGGGGGCUGGAUGAGUCCACCACCACACCAGGGAAAGGCGAUGGGUGCAGCAGGGUAAAAUUCCAGCACUGCUGGCAUUGGUGUUGGUUUUGUUGGGAUCAAGAGUGCAUAUGGGGCCCUUUGCCACCCCAUGCCCACUGCUCUGCAGUAACCCAUGGCACCAUCCCCAGUGGUGCCACAGUGGGUCCCUCCUGGAUUUGGGCUGCAUGGUGGCUGCUUCUCUCCUUGGCUUGUCUGUGAGCGAUGACUUGCCAGUGUUCUCGGGAUACCUGGAGCGUGUGUCUGCAGGAGCAAUGGGAGACCUCAACGCUGAGCUGCUCCACGUGGCUGAAGUGGCCUGAAUUCCUUUUGCCUUACCUACUCGGAGAUGCCUUUAGUGAGAUGCUUUGCCCGAAGCCUGGUGGGACCCACCUGCUGACUGAGUCUGUCUGCUGGCCCAUGGUUUUGCCUCCAAGACCCCCUUAAGCCCUCCCCCGCUCCCCACACUGCCAUAGGGGGUGGGGAUGGUCCCAGAAGGCAGCAAACCCCCAAGCUGCAAGAGGAGGACAGCAGCCCCAUCCCUGUUGUGACGUUGGCACAGCCCUGGCACCAAGGUGCCAGUAGGUACAACUGUUCAAAGACAGCCCCCGCAUCCCAGUGCCGCCCAGGGAUGCCUGACAAUGCACAGAUCUCCCCAUCCAAGAGAUGUGGGGGUGUCCUGCACUUGGGUUCUGCAUCCCGGGUACCACACCAUGGUGGGGGCACCCAGGGAUGCCCUUUUCCCAGCUGUAUCCCACUUCUCCAGCCCCUGCUGCUGGUGUGUGUAGGUAGUCAAAGCUUUCCCAGCUCCUGCCCCUGUAUAUACCCCUCUGGAUAGUGAGGAGUGCAGCUCACAGCCAGCCCAGCUCACCCAGGAGUGUGCACAGGCGUGUGUGGGUGCACAAACCUCCUCCAGCUUUUCUGUCCUUCUGUCUUGCGGCACUGGUUGUUCUGGACUCCAAUGGAGCCUAAGGAGGAGAUGGCUUCUCUUUCUUCCUCUCCUCCUCCUUUUCUUAUUCUCCUUUUCUUCCUCCUCCUUCUCUUCUUCCUCCUCCUCCCCCUACUGUUUCUCGUCCUCCUGCUCCUUCUUUAUUAUUAUUUCUCUUUUUUUGGUGGGUUUUGGUUUUCCUAAAUAAAUUUCAUAUGUCAACCUUCCCGUGA